AUGGCUUCGGAUGCAAGCAGCCCCGCCGCCGCCAAUGAACCACCAGAAUCCCCAGACCCGUUACGCAAACUGACUGAGUUGCUGGUAAUGGACGCUGUCGGGCUCCAAAGUUUUGACAACAACGACCUUGGGCAGGCCGAGAUAGUACAGCGCGGAGUACUCGAAGAAACCAAGGAGUUCUUCGACCAUGAUCAUCCACUCGCCACCGAAAUCAUGCACAAUUUAUCAAUUACACUGUUCGAUCUGAAGCAAUACGUGGAAGCAAUAGAACUUCAACGUGAGGUUCUCAAACGACAAGAGACGAUUCUGGGGCCCUACCACCCGGGCACGUUACUGGCUAAGGACUCUCUAUCUGUCACCUUGGGCGCGGUGGAUGAGUUGGACGAAUGUUUCAGUCUUGUGGACGAUAUAUGCAGGGUAAAGCAGGAUUAUUCUGCACUAGACAAAAUCCUCCAGCACCUCGCAUCUUCAUCGUGGUACGCGCCGCAUAAUACAGACGCGACUCUGAAACUACAGCGGGCCCUAUUCACUGUGCGCCAGAGAAUUCUGGGCAUAGGACAUCCUCAGACACUCCAGGCGAUGGGAACAUUAAUCUUGACGCUGGCACAUCGUGGAGACCUGAAAGAGGCCAUCAGUCAACAGCGGAAAAUGCUCAAUUCACAACAGGCCGCUGAUGCACCAGAUGCAUUUGAUGAGCUAGCUCCAGCCGAGGUGCUCGCGUUUCUACUCCGGUUAGAUGGCCGGCUCGCGGAUGUGCUGUCAUUGCGACGGAAACUGGCGGAAGAGUGCAAAGACAGGAACGGCUCUGAGCACAUAGCAACACUUAUCGCGUUGAGUAAGGUGGGAGACGCCUUGCGGGAGUGCGGCCUUUUAGACGACGCCAUGUCGACAUACAACACAGUCUGGGAGACGAGCAACCGGUGCAAUGGCGAGCAAGAUCCCGAAACUAUUAACGCCAUCGAGAAACUCGCCCUCACGCUGCACUAUCAGCGGAAACCAGACGAAGCAAUCUCUCACCAGCAAAAAGUCGUUGCGCUGCGGUGUGAGAGCGUGUGGUUGAACAAUCAUCGGACCGUAACGUCGGGCGAAACAUUGGCCUUCUGGCAGUUCGAACGGGGCCAGUUCGACGAUGCCGUCUCGAGUUUCCACGCUUCUGCAAGGACGAUAUCUCACGGAACUGACGAGCAGAGCACGAACACAGAAACCCAAGAUACCCUCUCGUAG